AUGACGGAAGCCCAACGCUUCGGCAAACCAUUUCAGACACUCGUCUUUUGUGUGAGGGACUUUCGGAAUCCAGAAGAAUAUGGCUAUGGCGAGGAUGGCGGGACCAAGUUCUUACAGCAAGUUCUCAAGGUCAGUGCUGAUCAACCCGAAGAAAUUCGUAGUGUUCGGGAACAACUGUCCGAUUGUUUUGAGCAAAUAUUGUGUUUCCUUCUCCCCUACCCCGGCUAUCGCGUUGCCGAGAGGCAAUCGUUUAGGGGCCAUGUGAAAGACUUGCGGCCGAUUUUUCGGGAAGAAAUGAAGAAGAUGGUUCCUGCCUUGCUGAAUCCUCACGCCCUUCAGCCGAAAUACAUUAAUGGGAAACCGGUCACUUGUCGAAAACUCGUGCAGUACUUCAAGUCAAUGAUGGGUCCACGAAUGAUGCCCGAGAAGCGAUUACUCGAAGCGCACAUCAAGCACGGCAUCACUGCAUUAAACAUCUACGACAAGUGCCCAAAGUUCGGCUCUGCCGAGACCAGAAACCGCUUGUUAGAAAAGCUUCAAGAAGACAUCAAUGCAGAACUGGAACGAUACAAACGAUUAAAUGCCGCCAAGAAAGUGACCGGAUGUGCUUCUGCAAUGACUGCGUGCGGAGACAGUGCUCUUCUCGGUGUCGGUCUCGGAGCUGCCGCUACU